AUGGUCAAAUUUUCGUCCCCAUCCGAAGAACUUCAAAACAUGAUUCGGACCCAUCACUCGCGACCACAUGACCGUUUUCCCUGUGCGAUACGAGUCAAAGGCUCACAUGGAGCAGGAGAAACGAUACCUCUUGCCAGUGGCUAUAUUGUAAAGUUCAGGGAUCAGACAGUUUACUACCAUGACGUCGGCGGACUCACCAAGAGAUUAAAUAAUAAAGAGCGCCGGAAGUUGGCCAACCAAUACCAUGAGAUCCACUGGUCUCUAGGAACGAAGAACUUCUGGCAGAAAAUUGAAAUGGAUGGUAAUGGCGCCCUCUUCGAGUUCGAGAUGCUCCAUAACUAUGUGGAUGUGUUCUACGGGUUUUUCCUCCCGGCUGACGUAAGAUCGUCAUAG